AGUCUUGCGAAAUGUGUUUUGAAUUGUAUAACGCUGGUGAUUUUUUAAUAAACGCUAAAUUAGAAUAUAUGAAAUGUAGCUUUCAAAGUAUUUCAAAAAUAUAUUAGAGUUAGUUUGUAUCAUUCGUAAGAAGACAGUGAAGUGAACAUUUUUUCCCCCCCGAAAAUGAAGUUUCAAAAAUAGGUUAUACCGAAAAUGAUUGUUUUGCCUGUAUGAAUAUUUUUCUUUUUAUGGAAAAAGAACAACUAAUAUCUAUUACUAAAGUGAGGCUUAUGUAUAAAGUAGAACUAUUAAUGAUUAAGUUGAACUAUUAUUAUUUUAAUUAAGUAAUUUUUUUAGCAUGGAAAUAAUAAAAUUAGUUGGGAUCAAAAUGCAAUUGGAAGAAAUAUUAAUUACAUGUUAGAUCUGGAUAAUUCCCUCUUGAUAUACUAUGGAAGAAAGAAGACAAAGUAGAGGCGAAGUUGUGGAUGCUGGUCCAGGAUAUGCAUAUAUGAUAUAUGUUUUGAUGGAAAGCUUAUUAGAUAAGCUUAAACUUUUGAAUUAUGAUACAGAAUUUUCCCAAGAAUUCAAAAUGAAAAAUAUUAACAGGCAUUAUUUUGCUUUACAAACAAACCCUGGUGAGCAGUUUUUUAUGUUUUCUUCUUUGGCAGCUUGGUUGAUUCGAAAGUGUGGUGUGAAAUUUGAUACUCCUCAAGAGUCUGAUGACCCUAAUGGAACUAUAGCAAGUAUUUUGGAGCAAGUGAAACAAAUGGGUGUUGCUGUUGACUUUCCACCCAGUAAACUGAAGCAGGGUUGGGGUGAGCAAGUGAUUUUCGUAUUAUCACGAUUAGCUGACCAAGCUCUAAAAAGGCAAAGUUUCAGUUGGAAGAGGCCUAUAAUUUUGCCAGAAGAUGAUGAUGGGAAUGAUGCAGUUUUAGAUGCUGAUGAUUCGGAAGUUACCUUAGAAAAAAUUGAAGAAGAAAUGAUUGCUGAAGCAUUUGAAGAUGAGGACUCUGAAGAUGAGGGUGAAAUUUUGGAUUUAGAAGCUUUGAGAAAUUUAUCCAUUGCAAAACAGGACAAAGGAGAAAAAAAUAAACCUGAUGAAGUUAUGGAGUCUAAUAUUGAUGCAAUGGAAUGGAAAUUAGAAGUGGAACGAGUCAUGCACCAUUUGAAAGUUACUGUGAGAAAUGAUUCUAGGGAUUGGCGUAGUCAUUUAGAUCAAAUUCGUCAACAUCGGAAGAAUAUUGAUGAAACAAUGUCAAUGACAAAAACACAGCUGGACAAACUAUAUACUGACAUUAGCCGUUCGCUGGAAAAAAUUGGAAGCCGGGAAAAAUACCUUAAUAAUCAGUUAGAACAACUAGUUUUGGAAUAUCGUACGGCUCAAGAUCAACUUUCUCAAGUCAGGGAACAAUACAAGUCAAUCAGUGGAGGAGUCACUGAGCGAUCUCGCAUCUUAUCACAGAUAACUGAAGAGCUUGAUCAAGUGAAACAAGAAAUGGAUGAAAGAGGAUCAAAUAUGACUGACGGAAAGCCACUAGUGAAUAUCAGGAAAGCUUUAUCAAAACUAAAGGUUGAACUAAGCCAGAUGGAUGUACGAAUAGGAGUUGCUUCUCAUACGUUGUUACAAGCUAAACUGAAGGAGAAAGGAAAUUUACAAAGAGCUAUCAAUAAUCCACCCAUCUUGAACAAUUUUACAACAAUAUUCUGAAGAAAAAAACACUAAAUAUAUUUGCAAUGAACUCACUGGAUCUAUAACAAUGUACAUUGACUUCUGUAUCUUUAUAAACUUUUGUUAUUUAGAGUAUGAAAUAAACACAUGGAAGAUUUAAUAUUUAAUCCUUUGAGGAUUAUUUAAGGAUUGUUAUAAUCUAAUCAAAAUAAUAUUAGUCUGUUUCUGUAUUAUUUGUAAAUAUUUAUAUCAGAGUGUUUUGAAUUCAGAACUAUAUUUAGGAACAUUUUUACCUUUGUUAAAUUUAGCAAAAAUAUUUUUAACUGAAAUCACUUGUUUUUGUCUAUAAAUAAAGACAAAGUUGUUGAACAUUGUAUAAUGAAUGUUUUU